GUUGUGUGGCUUGAGGAGCGAACAUCAGGAGCACAUCUGGAUCAGUACCUGGACAGGAAUUGGUGAGAGGAAAUUAAAGAGCAAGAGUAAAGUUGAGAAGAGGAACAAACGCAUUGAGAGCAAGAAGCCACCAAUCGCUGAGGUGAAUGUUGAUGUAGAGAGUGACACGUCACUGCAGGAACCACAGAGUGAACGUUUACGAAGGAGCAAGAAAAGGAAGUCGAGGAAAGCAGACAGCCUUGAGGAUCCCUCUGCUCAACCCCAGGAGGUUAUGGAAAAGCGUCAGAUUGUGCGAGCACAGAGAUCCGGAAUGCUGCAGGGUCUGGCUGAAGGAAGUGAAUCCCUGGGGACAGGUGAUACCCUGCCUUGGAAUCUAGCGAAACACCAGAGAGUCAAACAAGGCAAGGUGGGCAUGGAGGGCGGCCGAGUGAUGGAGCCAGCAGAGCGGGCAGUGAUCAGGAUCGCAGAUGAACGGGAUCGAGUCCAGAAGAAAACUUUCACAAAAUGGGUGAACAAACACUUGAUGAAGGCUCACCGAAGUAUCGAUGAUCUUUACGAAGAUUUACGAGAUGGACAUAACCUGAUCUCUCUCCUCGAGGUUCUCUCGGGUGAGCCCCUGCCCCGGGAGAAAGGCCGGAUGCGAUUCCAUAAGCUGCAGAAUGUGGGCAUUGCCCUGGAGUACCUCAAACAUCGCCAGGUCCGGCUCGUAAAUAUCAGGAAUGAUGACAUUGCGGACGGGAAUCCGAAGCUGACCCUGGGUCUGAUAUGGACGAUUAUCCUUCAUUUCCAGAUCUCCGAUAUCCAGGUAACUGGCCAAUCCGACGAUAUGACAGCCAAAGAGAAACUGCUGCUAUGGUCCCAGAGGAUGGUGGAGGGGUACCCUGAGCUGCGCUGUGAUAACUUCACCAGCAGCUGGAGAGACGGCAGACUCUUCAACGCAGUCAUCCACCGGCACAGGCCGGUUUUGAUUGACAUGAACAAGGUUUACCGUCAGAAGAACCAAGAGAAUUUGGAGCAGGCGUUCAGCAUUGCAGAGCGGGAGCUGGGGGUCACCCGGCUGUUAGACCCUGAAGAUGUGGAUGUACCCCACCCUGAUGAGAAGUCGAUCAUUACCUACGUCUCCUCCCUGUACGAUGCACUGCCGCGAGUUCCCAACGUCGAGGCUGGGAUCCGAGCCAAUGAGAUCGAGAUGCGAUGGCAGGAAUAUUACGAGAUGGUGACGCUGCUGAUCCAGUGGAUUCGCCAUCACAUCACCAUCUUUGAGGAAAGGAAAUUCCCGGGAACCUACGAGGAGAUGGAGGUGCUGUGGAGACAGUUCCUGAAGUUUAAAGAAUCCGACCUCCCCGUCCGAGAGACUGAGAAACAACACAGCAAGGCUGUCUUCAAAUCUCUGGAGGGUGCUGUGCAGGAGGGUCACCUCAAGGUACCUGCAGGUUAUCACCCGAUCGACGUGGAAAAGGAGUGGGGAAAGCUACAUGUUGCUAUUCUGGAGCGGGAAAGAGUUCUCCGCAGCGAGUUUGAGAGGCUGGAGCGAUUCCAGAGGAUUAUCCUGAGGAUUCAGCAAGAAUCCAACACAUGUGAGGAACAAAUCAAACAAUCUGACGCACUGCUCAAAUCCGAUAUUCGGUUGUUAAAUGCUGGGAAACCCCCUCAGAACGUUGCUGUCUUGGAACACGACCUGGACAAGUCGGACAGUUUGAUUCGAAGUCUCUUCAACGAUGUCCAGACCCUAAAGGAUGGCAGACAUCCACAGGCAGAGCAGAUGUACCGCAGGGUCUUCCGGCUGCACGAAUUCCUGGUCGCUACCCGAACAGAGUACAGUCUCCGGUUUAAGUCUGGGGUACAGCAGCCGAUACUACAGAUAGGGGCCCAUGUGAGCAAACAAUCCCCAUCCAAGGCCAGUGCUGCUGUGGAUGGGGUGACCCUGAAGUACAUCCAGGACCUGCUGGAGUGGAUUGAGGAGAACCAGAGGCGUCUGGAUGCUGCAGAGUGGGGGGUGGACCUGCCCACAGUGCAGACGCAGCUCGGAGUACACCGAGGCUUACACCAGUCCAUCGAGGAUUUCCGGGAGAAAAUCGAGAGAGCCCGAGCUGACGAGCGUGGGAUCAAUCUCUCAACCCACCCCCUACUCCCUCACACUAUCAACUCCCAUCACUCCGCCAACUCUCACAUGAGCACAAUCCCUCAUGUCUCACUCCUCACCCGUGUCUAA